AUGUCAUCAAAUUAUCAAAGCGAGAGUGUUAGUGUUGGUUCGACCACUUCGUCUCGCUUCAUGAAUGAUAUUUGCUCCGAUCCAUUUAUUCCCUAUCGAAAAUUUACAGCGGAACAACAACGAGGCAAAGUUCCUUCACAAAGAUCUCAAAUUGCUCUUGUGGCUUGUCCUCCGAGACAUUCACUCUUCUGUAUGGGUGGUGUUGUUGAAGAACAUGUUGUGAGUGGAGAUCUUGAAGUAUUUGAAUUAGAUUUGAGAACAGGUGUUUGGCAACAACACUCUGUUAAUAAUUCAGCAAUUCGUCAGGCAUGGGGAAUGAAAUGUGUUUAUAGAAGAGCUGAUCAUGCAAUCUAUUUCUUUGGUGGUAAUGUGAGCAAUAUGGGAUAUCAAUUUCUAGAUAUUGGCGUUUUUAAAUUGGAUUUGAAUACAUUCAAGUGGAAAACACAUCUUGGUGACACAGGAUUAACUAACUGGAGGCAAGCAACUGGAAAUCUAACUGGUUACCCUUAUCCACACGAGAGGAAAGUCCAUUAUCAAAGUGUUUUUGAGACAGUUGUUCCUAUUGGUGAUUGUAAAAGAUAUGCUCAUGCUAUGGAAUUGAAAUCAGAUCAAUCGGGAUUUGUAGUGUUUGGGGGUGAGGGAUCACUUUUUGAAUUCGAUGAUUUUAUUGAAUUUGAUUUUAGAGAUUUGCUUUGGAAGGAUGUCGAGGUGUUGGCAGGUAAGAAACCAAGUUCCAGGCAUGUACUUUGUUCUGCAAUGGUCUUGAAUAAGUUCUUUAUUUUUGGUGGAAGAACAAGUAAUGACCAUUACUAUGCGAGUAGCUCUUCACUUAACUUGUUGGAAUAUUUUGACUUUAAUUGUAAGACUUGGUUCAGUGUUGAUUGUAACUACUCUUUCCCAGAUGCUAGAUUUGCAGCUGGAUUAUCAUCAUUUCAAUCUUAUGGAAAACCAAAGUUUAUUUCAAAGACUAUGAAGUUCAAUCAUAACUUUGAAUCACAAUAUGAAUACCUAAUUCUUCAUGGUGGAAGAAACGACAUAAAUAGAUUUAAAGAUACUCAAAUAUAUAACAUUGAGGAAGAAAUUUGGAAAAAUUGUAAACUAGUUGAUGAUUCACUUUCAAUGCUUGAUAUUCAGAGAGAAGAAGAGAAUGAAAAAUCUUCUUUGAAGAGAAUUACUCUAGGCAAGGAGAGAAAAUUAAAAAAGAAAAUACUGACCGACGAUGAAAUAAUUUACAGAGGAGGAAAUAUUGGAUUAUGUAUUGGUUAUAAUGAUAUUAACUUUAAAUCUAACUGCUUAUUCUAUGAUUAUGGAGAUAGUAUGACCACAUUUUCCAGACCAAUGAUUUCUUCUUAUCCUACAACAUUAUCUAAGAAAUUUCUUAGCUUUGGAGGUAAAACUGGCAAAACUGGUUAUUCUGAUUAUGAUUCUUCCCUUCUUACUUUUGAUUUGACUCACUUUGAUUAUCAAAACGACCCUUCUCUACUUAUUGAUCCAACUAAAAGUGCUUCUACUGAUGCUGUGUUUGAGGAAUUGUCCAUGAAGUUACUUAAAGAAAACAAUUAUUCAGAUUAUACCCUAGUAUCAACUGAUGGUGACAGAUUCCUAUGCCACAAAUUCAUGCUAUCCCAUAUUCAAUAUUUUAGAGAAUUGUUUGAGAAAAAGCUUGACACUACACACUUUACUACAUUGACAUUGAAGUGUUUACUAAGGUAUUGCUAUGGUAUUGAGUUAACCCCAAAUGAUGUCAGUCUUCCAUAUCAUGAAAAAGACACGCCAAUUUUUAAAGACUUUAUAGAGAUAUAUUCAGCUGUCUGUUCUAUUGGCAUUCAAGAAAUGAUUGAUUAUUUAAGAAAGUUAUUAUAUAUAUCAAUUGAUAUCAGGAAGGGUAUUUCUCUUUUCAAGAUUAUUUGGGACAAGCUUAAACUUUCAAAUGAUGCUAUCUUGAAAGAUUUGGCAAUUUUAACUGCUAAUUAUUUAUCCUUUAAUGUACUCCCAACAAUCAACGAAACACGAGAGAAACAUAUUGAUAUCUUCCUCAGUCAAAAAGGGUUCUCAGAAGAAGAAAUUUCCUUUUUCAAGCUCUGUUGCACUUCUCAGAUCGAUAGCUAUGAAACUAAGAGAGUAAGAUUGGCAAGAGAAUACAUGUACACUAAUUUCUCCAUGCUUAUGGAUAGCUCUCUUCAAUAUUCACAAAUCAACACUAACGCUACUUUAUCUUUGACAUUUGAAGACAAAACUUGGAAAAUUACAGUACCAAAGGCACUCCUUUGUAUUCGUUAUGAAUAUUUUAACAACUUGUUCAACAAUAUGGUUGUGGAUGAAAGUAAUGUGAUUGAUAUUUCAGAUGUCUCAAUGAUAUUUUAUUUGCAAGACCAAGCCCAUCCAUUAAUUUCUGUAGCAGCCUUAGUAUACUUUGCAUACACUAACGAUGUGGAUUUUGAAAAUGUAAUCUUAUGUAAAUCUGCUUUUCCAACUUGCGACACUACUGACAUUAAUCCUUCCUUUGAGAUUAAUCAAGAAACCAUUACUCAGUACAUUAUUGAUAUUUAUUCAAUGGCCGAUUUUAUAGCAGACAUUUCUUUGAAAGAGAGUUUGUUACAAUAUGUCAGAAGACUUGUAUCGAGUGGAGCAUUCAGCUGUGAUGAGUUAGAAGGUGCAGCAAAAGAGUUACAAAAAGUGGAUUUUGAAGUCUUGGCAGAGAUUGCCGAAAUUUUCUCAGAUUGUGUUUUGGAGCAAAGAGCUAUUGAAAUGAAGGUAAAGAAAUUGGAGGAAGAAGCUGCUUUCAAACACAGUAUUAAUCACGAUGAGGAUGAUGAGGAAGGUGAUUAUGAAGAUGAUGACUAUGAAGAUGAUGAAUAA